UCAUAACCAUCUCCCCUUCUUAAAACCUAUCGCUACUCAGAUCCUCUCUCUCUCUCCAAUGGGUAUUUUCCAGACCACACUUCUGUACUUUGUUUUGUCAAAUAUUGGCUCAAUAACUGCUAGGCAAGAAGAAUGGAAGUCUGCUACUGCAACAUACUCCAAAGAAACAAAUGGGUCAAUCAUCACAGAAGGUGCUUGUGGUUACGGGGACCUUCACAAGAAAAGCUAUGGGAAGUACAGUGCUGGAGUAAGUAGCAUGUUAUUCAACAGAGGGCGUACCUGUGGGGGUUGCUUCGAACUGAGAUGUGUCGACCAUAUCCGCUGGUGCUUGCAAGGGAGCCCUUCUGUUUUCGUUACCGCCACAGAUUUCUGUCCACCAAAUUAUGGACUUCCAUCAGACUACGGUGGCUGGUGCAAUUUCCCACAAGAGCACUUCGAGAUGUCUGAGGCAGCUUUUGCUGAAAUAGCAGUUACAAAAGCUGAUAUCGUCCCAGUACAGUAUAGAAGGGUGAAUUGCGUGAGGAAUGGAGGAUUGAGAUUCACAGUCAGUGGGAGUUCCUACUUCUAUCAAGUCCUGAUUACCAAUGUUGGGUUGGAUGGCGAGGUGGUUGCAGUGAAAGUAAAAGGAUCAAAGACGGGGUGGCUUCCAAUGGUAAGGAACUGGGGCCAAAAUUGGCAAUGUAACAUAAACCUUGGAGGGCAGCCUCUAUCUUUCGAGGUGACAAUCAGCAGUGGAAGGACAGUUUCAUCUUACAAUGUAGCUCCAGCAAAUUGGCAGUUCGGUCAGACAUUUGAAGGGAAACAGUUCUAAGAGAGCUGAAAAAGCUUCAAAACCACAAAUGGGUGAGUUUGGGGGUUUGAUAGAAACUGUAUAAUGAGAGAAGCUCAAAAUGAGUUUACCAGUACUUGGAAUAUUGGGAUCCUGAAACUUUCAAACGCAUUAUUACCUUAUUCAAAAAAAGGAGAAAGAAAAAGUGGUGCCCAUAUUUAUA